UUCGCUUAAAUUCCCGGCAUCGUUGUUUCUGUGAGGGCAUUCUUGCUGUGAAGUGGGAAAAUAUGAGGGAUUUUAGGUGGGUGGCUGGGUUGCCUGUCUUUAGCUUCCUGCUUCUCUUGAUUCUUCAGCACCCAGAGACUAAGAUUUGUGUUUCUGCGGCUGUGCGCACCGAGAGGAUCGCAGGGAGCGCUGGAGAUGUCCUUGAAGACAAUCCCGUCGGGAGACUAAAAGUUUUUGUAUACGAGCUUCCCAGCAAGUAUAACAAAAAGCUCCUGCAAAAGGAUCCGAGAUGCCUGUCCCAUAUGUUUGCUGCCGAAAUCUACAUGCACCGUUUCCUUCUAUCCAGCCCCGUUAGAACUCUGAACCCCGAAGAAGCUGAUUGGUUCUAUACCCCUGUGUAUCCUACCUGUGACCUCACGCCGAAUGGCUUGCCUCUGCCCUUCAAAUCCCCGAGGGUCAUGAGGAGUGCAGUACAGCUAAUCUCUGCGAAAUGGCCAUAUUGGAACCGAACAGAAGGAGCUGAUCAUUUCUUUAUGGUUCCCCACGAUUUUGGGGCUUGUUUCCAUUAUCAAGAAGAGAAAGCUAUUGAGAGAGGUAUUCUUCCAUUGCUUCAGCGUGCUACUUUGGUUCAAACUUUUGGACAACGAAACCAUGUUUGCUUGAGUGAACGUUCAAUCACGAUACCUCCAUAUGCACCGCCUCAGAAGAUGCAGACUCACUUGAUUACCCCCGACACUCCAAGAUCCAUCUUCGUCUACUUUCGUGGUUUGUUUUAUGACGUGAACAAUGACCCCGAGGGAGGCUAUUAUGCAAGAGGUGCAAGGGCAUCAAUCUGGGAAAACUUCAAGAACAACCCGCUCUUCGACAUCUCAACCGACCACCCAACAACCUAUUACGAGGACAUGCAACGUUCCAUCUUCUGCCUGUGCCCGCUGGGGUGGGCUCCGUGGAGUCCCAGGCUGGUGGAAAGCGUGGUGUUUGGCUGCAUCCCCGUGAUCAUAGCAGACGACAUCGUUCUGCCUUUUGCCGACGCCAUUCCAUGGGAAGACAUAGGCGUGUUUGUGGACGAGAAAGACGUCCCCUACUUGGACACCAUCCUCACAUCCAUACCUCCCGAAGUGAUCUUGAAGAAGCAGAGAUUCCUCGCAAACCCUUCGAUGAAAAAGGCGAUGCUGUUCCCGCAACCAGCUGAAGCAGGAGAUGCAUUUCAUCAGAUCUUGAAUGGGUUGGCAAGGAAGCUGCCUCAUGAGAAGAGUGUUUAUCUGAAGCCAGGGGAAAAGGUGCUGAACUGGACAGCAGGACCUGCAGGGGACCUGAAACCUUGGUGACAAUGUAAAUGUUUUUUUGUUUUUUGGGGGUUUUCAGUGAUCAGAUUGGUGAUGUUAGUUAAAUACUCCGUAUGAAAUGUUGCAGUUAGUAGAAUGUAUGGGGUAUCAAAUUUGUCAUGUCCCACGAAAUAUACCAAACAAGAUUUUUUUGUCAUGUAAACAUUUUUUCAGCAGCAAUAUAUCUACGGUAUUUAGUAUUUA